AGAUGGCGGAGCUACAGAUGCUGCUGGAGGAAGAAAUUCCUGCCGGACGAAGAGCUUUGCUGGAUAGUUUCACCAACCUCGAAAGAGUGGCGGAAUACUGCGAGAGCAAUUACAUUCAGUCCCCAGAUAAGCACAGAGCAUUCGAGGAAACUAAAAGUUACACCACCCAGUCCCUGGCCAGUGUCGCCUAUCUGAUCAACACACUCGCUAAUAAUGUGCUGCAGAUGCUGGAUAUUCAGGCGUCACAGCUCCGGCGCAUGGAGUCCUCAAUCAACCACAUCUCACAGACAGUGGAUAUACAUAAGGAGAAGGUGGCAAGACGAGAGAUUGGCAUCUUAACAACCAAUAAGAACACCUCCCGCACCCACAAAAUUAUCGCUCCAGCCAAUCCUGAGCGGCCAGUACGGUACAUUCGGAAACCGAUUGAUUACAGCGUCCUUGAUGACACUGGCCAUGGAGUGAAGGUAAACACACAGAACAUGAAGAUGGGGGGUCUUACUCGGACCACUCCACCCACACAGAAACCUCCAAGCCCUCCGUUGUCAGGAAAGGGAACCAUAGGGAGGCACUCCCCGUAUAGGACACUGGAGCCAGUGCGCCCCCCUGUGGUUCCCAAUGACUACGUCCCCAGUCCGAUGCGCAACAUGGCACCCGGGCAGCAGCAGAGCCCUGUGCGCACAGCGUCACUUAACCAGAGAACCCGCACAUACAGUGGAAGCAGUGGAGGCAGCCAUCCCAGCAGCCGCAGCAGCAGUCGAGAAAACAGUGGGAGUGGCAGCGUAGGUGUGCCCAUCGCUGUGCCCACGCCUUCUCCGCCUAAUGCUUUUCCAGCCUUUGUGGCUGGUGCCGCCAGCAGCCCUUCUGACUCACUUAACUCCACUCAGCCUUCAUCCAGCUGCUUUAAUUCUGUCCCCACCCAGUCCCCAACCAACUCCACUGCCGCCUCUGAACACGAUACCACUCUCCCUUUCAACACUGAGGCUUCAGUUCAACCCCAUCCUCCCCCUCAACCCCUUGCUUCCUCUGCAGCAAGCGCCACCUCCUUUUCCUUAACUUCCCCUGCACCAGGCAUUGCCCCUCAGUUCUACAGCAUGAACAGGCCUGUCCCUAGACAGAUCUCACCCACUGCUGGAGGUUCUCUGCCCUAUCGUCGCACACCCUCUGUCACCAGCCAGUCUGCCAUGCCUGCCAGCCAGCAGAAUGGAGGACCCCACUACAACCAGAGCAAAGUGGUGGCACCCAUUCCCCCAUCCAUCCUGCAGAUCACUCCUCAGCUCCCUCUGAUGGGCUUUGUGGCUCGAGUUCAGGAGACCAUUGCAGAUACUCCAUCUCCACCUACAGAUGAUAACGUGUUUGAAGAGGUGCCCUCUGCACCUCUGGAGGACGGUGAAGAAGGAGAGUCGGCUGUGGUUGAAUACAGCGAUCCCUAUGCUGAGGAGGACCCACCUUGGGCGCCGCGUGCUUACCUAGAGAAAGUGGUGGCCAUAUAUGAUUACAUCCAAGACAAAGAGGAUGAACUCACAUUCCAGGAGGGCACCAUCAUAUAUGUUAUUAAGAAGAAUGAUGAUGGCUGGUAUGAGGGAGUGUUAAACGAUAGCACUGGACUUUUCCCUGGUAACUAUGUCGAGUCCAUCAUGCACUCAGGAAGUGAGGAUUGAUCCCAUACGGUCCAGUGGCAGUACCAGAUCACAUGGGUCUGCACAUAUACAGCUGUGAUAGAAGAUGGGUAAGAAGAAAGGGUGUUUCGCUGAGUUUAUACAUGAGUGGUUGAGAACAACAGGUCAAUGUUUCACCAUGAGGGACAGAAAUGCACUAUUAGAGGAUACUUACGAUUACCGUUUUGUUUGAUGAAGGAUUCAAAACACAACCACUAUUCUAUUGUGUUUGAAUGAUGUAGUUUUGUAAUUAAAGAUAAGAUUUCUUAUACUGAAGAGGACGGCGCUUUUCAUAAUGAACAUCCUACUUUAUUAAUACAGACUAUUUACAUUCUCCUCAGAAGGGUAGGCAUUACAGGUGUCUUUGAAGUGGUAAAUAAAUCUAAAUAAAUUUGCUGUAGACUUGUGGAGAAAGUUGGUAAAACACUGCAGUAGAAUGUAAAGAAUGCAUAAGCUAGAUCAAACUACUGUGAAUACAGUAAUAUUUGAAGUAGGUUUGAUAACGUAUUUAACAGGGACCAGGUACUUUUUUUUUUUUUUUACUUUAUACAUUAUAAAACUCAGAGAAGGACAUUAUAGGUAAAUAAAUCUUAGGUAUUUAUUAAACCCAAAUGGCCAAUAGAGAUUAUUGUACCCGAGGAUGUAAAGUGGAGAGCCAGAUGUAACUUUAUAUUAGAAAGGGAAAAUUGCUAGAUCAUACUGUUAGAUAUACACUGAUCAACCAUAACAUUAAAACCACCUCCUUGUUUUCACUCACACUGUCCAUUUUAUCAGCUCCACUUACCAUAUAGAAGCACAUUGUAGUUCUACAAUUACUGACUGUAGUCCAUCUGUUUCUCUGCAUGCUUUGUUAGCCCCUUUUCACCCUGUUCUUCAAUGGUCAGGACCACCACAGAGCAGCAAUUAUUUAGG